AUGAGAAACAAAAGCCUAGACCCUCUUCAUCUGAUUAGCUUUCCUGAUGAUGUGGCUUAUUCAUCCGUGUCGCCAGAAGGGUUAGACGUGAACCUCCUGAGCCAAAACCGCAAAAGUUAUAUCUCAAGGUUGAGCAACUGCUCCUCUUCUUGGCCAGUCGGAUCCCUGGACGCAUCGUGUCCAUGUCCCGUUCUGACCACUCAGCGGCACGAUGACGAGUUGAGGAACCUGCAUUUUGCCCUGAAGUUGGCACUCGAGGAUAUCAUUGUGCGAUGGUGGACGGAUGAAGAAGCACGGUUCCCUAUGCGCAUGCCGUUGGAGCCAGAGGAGGAAGAGUUAUUGCGCUGGAUACAUUCGAACCCAGACCUAUUCCCACCAUGGCACGAGCGGCAAGGAUCUUGGAGACCGGACUUUUUGGUAGAGAAAAAUGAAGCUGGCAUGGAGGUUUUCCGCAUUUGCGAAAUCAAUGCGAGGUUCUGCUGGAAUGGUUACAUGCAUGCUGGCUUUGGUCAGGAUUCGCUUUCGGCAUUCAAUAUCGAGUCGCGGGGUCUGGUUCAUGCCGCGAAAGCUGAAACGAUUAUCGGUGGAUUGUUCGAACUAUUCGACAGCAAGAUUCCUUUGUAUCUUGUCAAAGGCGACGAACACGGGAUUGAUAUCUCGAUGUUCAUCGAAUUCGCACAGCAGAGACUUGGGAUAAAACUGCGACUCAUAACUCCAGACACCCUCCGACUCAUCCCAGAUCUCUCUCAUUCUGGGAAAGCGGGAUAUAAGCUGUGCUGCCUCGCUGAAGCAGAUGCUGUUGAUACACUCACAACUGAGUCCGGCGAAAGAGUGGAAGAGAUCCACCAAAUUUGCCUCGAACUUCACCAGCGGGAGAUCAAUGCUCUUGAUCUGGAGAUGAAACGUCAGAUCAGUUUACGGUGCUUCAACGACAUGCGAACCAUCCUACUUGCUCAUGACAAGAGAAUGCUGGGACUCAUUCUUGAGGAACUGGACUCUUUGAUCUGCAGAAACAUCAUCACGCCCAAACAGGCUGAAUCGCUUGAGCGAGGCUUAGCUCACACGGUUCUACCGGGCUCAAACGCACUAAACCAGUUUAUUAAGGAUUGUGAAGCCUCUGAUGUGUUCCAAAACGAAUACCUUCUGAAACCGAUCAGGGGAGGAAAGGGAGCAGGGAUCUUGUUUGGUGAUGAAGUCGGUCAUUCCGACUGGCUAGCUCUGCUGGAGCAGAUGCGGUCUCCGAGACUGAGACAAGGAAAGACCCUUUACGUUGUGCAGCGUAAGGUUCACCAACCAUACUAUGACGUGCUUCUGGGAGCGAAAGCGAAGUCAGAGCGGUGCCAUAUGGUUGGGACGUAUCAUGCAGUCAAUGGUCACUUUCUUGGACUGGGGAUAUGGAGGUGUAGUCCCGGGAGACUAUGUGCUAUAUCUAAUGGGGCUACCUGGAUGUGUUCGGUAAAGCAGCGAUCCUAG